CCCUAGACACAACCAUCAACAGGAAUCUAAUUGGCCGGCGACGGAGUGGGCACCGGACGAGGACACCCGGCGGUCGUGUCAGAGCAAAGGCAAAACAGAGAUUGAAUGUCAAAACUACAUCAGAGUCCUGCUGGUGAACAAGACUGAGGUCAUGUCCUGCGGAACCAAUGCUUUCCAGCCCCAAUGCAUUACCAGAGAGGUGGGGAACCUGAGCAGCGUGUUGGAGCGGGUGAACGGCGUGGCUCGCUGUCCGUACGAUCCGCGGCACAACUCCACGGCGGUGGUGACGGAGAGCGGAGAGCUGUACGCCGCCACCGUCAUCGACUUCUCCGGCCGGGACCCCGUCAUCUACCGCAGCCUGGGAGGCAUGCCCCCCCUCCGGACCGCCCAGUACAACUCCAAGUGGCUCAACG